UUUCCCCUACCCUCCAAAAUCCACCAAUAAAAAAGAAAAGAAGGGAACAGCCUGCAAAAUUAGUGAGCGAAUCGCAGACAGGGCUCCAAACUCUCCAACUUCAAUCCCUUGAAAAUGGCGGCAAUUCAAGCCCCCUCUCUCUCUAGGGUUUAGGGUUCUUCCUCUCUACUCUGCAACUUCAACAACAACAACAACAACAACAACCAGAACAACAAUGUUCGGAGCUCAGGCUUCUUCAUCAGCGUUCGCAACUCCAUCUCCAACCCCUCUCUUCGGAACACCAUCUUCAACCCCAGCAGCCUUCGGCACUCCCUCUUCCACCCCCGCCUUCGGCACCCCAUCCACGCCCUCCUUCGCCUCCGGCUUCGGCGGAUCUCUCUUCUCCACCCCAUUCGGUGCUGCACCGCAACAAUCGCAGUUGACUCCCUUCGGAAAUGCUCAGUUGACCACUCAGAUGGCCCCUGUCGCUCCUCUUCCUUUCUCUCUUGCCGAUCGCGACAUCCAAGCGAUUGUUGAUGCUUACAAGGAGGAGCCUGGAAACCCUAAGUACGCAUUUAAGCAUUUGUUGUUCAGUGUGACUGAACCACAAUUUAGGACAAAGCCUGCUGGUGUAUCAGAUAUCAUGUGGGCAGAAGCUAUGGGGAAGCUGGAGGGUAUGGAGAGUUCCAACCGAGAACGCCUUUGGCCUCAGCUUGUUCAGGGUUUCAAAGAUCUUUCUCAGCGCCUGAAGCUUCAAGAUGAAGUUAUACUCUCUGAUGCUGAGAGAUUGCGAAUGACUCAAAGCAACGUGAAACUGCUUCAAAGGCACUUUCAAGCUGAUACUCUUCCCUGGAUAGAAAGAAUGAGGCAGAAAGAGCAAGGUCUUCAAAGGCGCCUCUUAAGGGUAAUGAGAAUAGUAGAGGCAUUGGAGGGUAAAGGUUGCAGAGUGCCUUUAAUGAAAGGUGAAGCUGAAUUGGCUGAGAAGUUGGCUGCAAUAACUAGGCAGUUGAAAGGAUCUGGAGCAGAGCUUUCUAGGAGGGUCCAAAAUUUGCUCACUAUGACUCGUGUUCAGGCUAAUGGUGGUGGUGGUGGUUCCAUUUAUCUUCCGGGAUCGACCAAAAUACAUGAUCAGAGUCUUGCUGAUAUGCAGGAGGUUUUACAACAGCAGACAGAAGCCAUUGCGAGGCUAGGUAAUGUGUUGAAGCGGGAUAUCAGGGACACGGAGAUCAUAAUGGCUGAGGACAAGGAGAUGACUGAAAAUGGGAGUUAAAGACUGAUAUCUUGAAUGAUGUAAACAGUUUUUGCAAUUUUCUAAUGAUGAUUUUGGUGUUAAGACACCUUGCAUUUGACUUGCUAGUGAAGUAUUUAAAAAAAAGUGUUAACCGAAAUUGCAAUUGAUUAAAGAUCAUUAGUUUGCAUUUUAA